AAAAUAGUACAAAAAAACUUUCGAGCGUAUUCUGAGGGGGAUUUGUGGGGCGGAAACGGAGACGAGAAGAGAAGAGAAGAGAAGAGAAGAGAAGAGAAGCUGUGUGUAUGUGUGUGAGUGAAGGAGUGGCCUGAAGCAGUUUAGUUUGAGGCCACCGUGUAACUUGGAGCUGAUGAAUGGUACCACGUCGGCUUCGGGAGAUUUGCUGGACACGUAGUUAACGUUAGAAAACCGUUGGGAAACCGAGGGAUUAAAUAUUGGGCCACACGGCAUGGAGUUCAUUGAGGUCGUCCUUCUGUUUCCCCUGUUACCAGGUUUAUGUCUCUGUGGUGAGGUAAAGCCUGAAGCAGCACAGCUGAUGUGCCCCCAGUAUUGCUGAUGUUUGAUUUCCUUUCUCUCUGGUUGCUGUGAGAGGAGGAGAUACUGAGGUGCAAAGAUGCCUGUCCCCCCACCGCCCCCUCCUCCCCCACCCCCUACCUUUGCUCAGGCGAACACAGAAAAGCCAGUCCUGAACAAGAAUGAGCAGCAUGGCAGGAAUGCGUUACUAUCUGACAUCACCAAAGGAACACGACUCAAGAAGGCUGUAACCAAUGACCGCAGUGCACCUGUACUCGACAAGCCAAAAGGUGGUGGAGGAGGAGGAGGGGGAGGGGGAGGAGGAGGAGGAGGUGGAGGAUUUGGAGGUGGAGCUCCUGCAGGACUUGGCGGUCUGUUUCAGGUUGGGAUGCCAAAGCUGCGCUCUACCAGAGACGACUCUGGUGGUGUUAGACCACCCUGCCUUCCUCCAGGUGCCCGUAGUUCCGUUCCACGGCCUUUUGUGGGAGGCGGUGGCUCUGCUCCUCAUUUGCCUGGGUCCCGUAAUGGCUCUUCUGACCCUCCACGCCCUCGAAUGACCGCUCCUCGACCUGAAACACCUGGAGGGCUACCUCCGCCCGUUCCUAGCACACCACGCCCAAAUCAAAGCAGCAUGCAAAGUAGAGGACCACCUCCACUACCAGGGGGACCCCGCCCCUCAAGCUCUUCACCUGCCCCUCCUCCUCCAAACCCUCCUGGAAGACAGCCUGCGCCUCCACCCGUGCCAGGCGGACGUCCACCUUCAUCUCCUGCAGCUCCUCCCCCUGUUCCUCAUUCUGGACGGCCUCCUCUUCCCCCAGCCCCUGCCCGAUUAGAUGAUCGACCACCUCCUGUCCCUCCUGGCAACCGCCCAUCUUUGCUCCUCCCACGGGAUGGCCCACCCCCUCCCCCUCCACCUUCUGUCAAUAGCAAGCCACCUCCUCCUUCUUUCUCAUCUCGCACACCGGUAAACUCUGCCCCUCCUCUGCCACCGGGGAGACCAGGUAGACCCAACGACGAACAUACGCCACGUCUUCCUCAGAGGCACCUGUCCCUUACUUCACAUGCCCCAUCCCUUUCUUCUGGACGGACAGGACCCCUUCCUCCACCUCCAAGUGAGAGGCCGCCACCUCUGGGUCGAAAUGCAUCUGGACGAACAGGUCCCCUUCCACCUCCACCACCUAUUGGACGCCCAGGGGGAGGCAGUGUAAGGUCACCAGCAGCUCCAACUCCUCCAAACAGACUCGCAUCAGAACCUCCUCGUGGUGGCAACAGACCGCCCCUCCCACCAGACAGGCCCACCACUGGAGGGCCACCUCCUCCGCCUCCACCCAUGGGCAAUGGUUACCACAGUCAGGGACAGUUUGCAGAUGAGUGGGAAAUGCGCUUCAGUUUCCGUCCUGUGUCGGAUUUCCCACCUCCAGAGCCCUACAUCCCCUUUCAGAAGACCUAUCCCAGCAAACUGGGCAGGAGUGAUGGCAGAGGUUCAGGAAAAAAGGAGAGAGGUGCUCCCCCUUUGCCUCCCAUUCCCAGAUGAGAGAAAUGGAUUUGGAUGCUCAGGGUUACUGUAAUCUCCCUCUCCGUUUUUUUUUUUUUUUUUUUUUCCUCCAUAAAACAGUUUUCUCCAUACGUGGCAUUUCCUUGCUGAUUUUGAACAAUAUACUCUAUAAAGCUUACAGUGAGGUCACAUUGCCAACUAGUGACCAACCAACAAUGAAGUGCCUUACACGUUCAGGUUAUGUUGUGCCAAUAUUUAUUCCCUACACUCUUCUUUGCUUUCUGUGUUGAAGGGGCUGGACUGAAACACAGUUUUAAUAAUAACUCCUGACCUUAAAGGAACUCCCUACAGUUUAAAACCUAUUCUCUGUCUGCCACAUCUGUAUUGUACAGGGGGUUACCAAGGACAGUAAUUUGCAUGCAUGUCCCUUUAGUAAGAAAAAGAACAGAAAUGUUUGUAGCAGAAGGCAUUGAGCAGCAUGUCGCUGCUGUUGCACCAAACCCUCGCAUUUCCAUUUUUCAUUUUCUGACCUUGAAAAAGGCAGUUGCGCUUUAUGCUGUGCCAAAUUUUAUGAUGAGUAAACCAACAGAAAUUGUCCACAAUUACUUGGAAAAAAAUAGUUCUCCAUUUUACUUCCAUUAAACGUUCCAUUAAGUUUUAAUA